UGUGCGUAUUUGACUGCUUGGUUGCGUGCGCGCUGGCUGGUUGGCGUGUGACGUCGGUGACGGGGGCGGAGCGUCCUUUGGCCUCCCAACCCUAACCAACCCGGAGCCUGAUAGCCGUCGCAUUCCGACUCGCCUUCAGUGCGUCUUGGUUCGCUCGAUGUGUCGGUUGUUCUUAUUUGUUUGUCGAUCGACAGUCUGUGUACGUUUUGCGCUCUUGCGCCGUGUGCGAUAGCCACGAACGCUGCCUCGCUCCUCCUGCGCGUACAUGCUUUGCAUGCGUCGCGUGCAUUGUGUGCCUGUGCGUGCGACGACGAAGCGAGGAGAACGUCCCACUCGAGCCGAGAAACGAUAUCCCUCCGCCGUCGCGAUGCCCUGGGCAUGUUUUUCCCGCAUUCAGACAGAAUAGUGGCAUGAGUCGAUUAAUCUAUGGCAGAUCAACAAGAUCAGUUGUCAUCAGGGGGGUCUGUAGAGAAGGCCAGCGCUUCAGCAGACACCUCUAAACCUAGGGGGAAAAACUCUAGUAGCGGUUCCAGUAAUUAUAGAAAACGACAAAAUACUGGUGCUAUCUCAGAUACGGUGGAAGAGAAAAGACGUAGACAAGCCAUUAGCGACCCACAAACAUCUCAAGUUCAUAGUAAUACAGCACACGCACAUUCAGUCGAUUCUUCCAGGGAGGAGAGCAGGGUCAGAGGUGAACGAAGAAAUCAUGGAACUGGCUUAGAAUCUUAUCCAGAUACCGACUGGAGACCACAUCAUAAGAUUCAUCAAGCCAGCUAUAGCAGCAGUAGUAGCAGUGCAAGGGUGCGCAGUGUUGCAAGGACGAAUUUGUCAGAGUUAAAUUUAACACCUACCGAUUGUGUGGCAUCGCGGACUCGUUCUCGUACACCACAGAAUCCACAAGCAUUGACACAAGGAAGUAGCAGUUACGAUCUGUCAUUGGCUACUGGAUACAGUAGCAGGAAAACAAGUACCUACAACUUGGUAGCUUCAUCGAGCGCGACGUCAAUCACUAGUCAUCCAUCUACAUCGAGAGGAAGAGGAGGCCAGAGGAUGAGCGAAUGUCUGGAAGGAUUUGUGUCUGCUGUCAAAGCACUUUUUCCAAUAUCAACACAAACCUACCAUCAAGAAGACUCGAAAUCUCACGGAGGUGCAGCAACCUGUAGCGCAACCAGUAGCAGCACGAGUAGUCAAGUUUUGGGUGUGAAGUCCAGCAUCAGAGUGGGUAACGCAGCAAGUAACUCUGUGGAGAGUGGUGGGGGUGCGUUGGCACAUGACGGGGCAGGCACGAGUGGCAUCGCGUCAACGGCCACUACUAAUCCACCUGUGUCUGCCGCCGCUUCUGCCAAUUCUGCACACCCUCAUUCUACACACAAGCACCUGCUACGCUCUCGCGCAAAAGCUUCUGUUGAACAAUCCAAGGAACUGCCAUCGAGUAACAAAACUUCAGGAAAGCAUCACAAGAAAGACUCUACAACGGGUUCCUGUUCGAGUUCCAGACAUCGCUCCUCAUCACGUGUGAGGAAGCCAGUAGUUGAGAGUGGCUCCGGUUUGGGCACUGUUAUGUCAGGCAAUGACUCUAUCAGUGCUACUUCGGUAUCGUCCUCCGUUCCUGGCAGCCAGUUAGUCUCAACUACAGGUGAGGAGGAAUCGGCAUCCACCGCUACAUCCGCCACAGCUAGUGGAGGGCCGUCUGGGAUGUCGGGAACAACCGGUGACAGUGAAAGUGAUGAUGGAGAAGUUGGACGAUUACAAGCUUUACUGGAAGCUAGAGGGCUGCCGCCUCAUGUAUUUGGUGCAUUAGGACCGCGGAUGCAACAUUUACUUAACAGAAGCAUGGGUGCAAGUUCUGCUGCCAAGGCGCAACAACUGCUAGCUGGUUUGCAAGCUGUCGAGGACGAAGGAGAGCAAUUGCAAGCCGUAAUGAAUAUGGGAGAGAUUCUUGUAAUGGGGAACGAAGACACUUUAACCGGUUUCCCCGUCAAGCAAGUGGUUGCAGCUUUAAUUAAUUUAUUGGGAAUCGAGCAUAAUUUUGCGAUAAUGACUCAUGCGUGUCGUGCUCUUACAUAUAUGAUGGAAGCAUUGCCGCGGUCAUCUACUGUUGUGGUGGAUGCAGUGCCGGUAUUUCUGCAAAAACUCGAAUCGAUCGAAUGUAUGGACGUAGCUGAACAGUGCUUGACAGCGUUGGCCAUGUUAUCACGCAGGCACAGCAAAACAAUUUUACAUGCGGGUGGAGUAUCAGCCUGUUUGAAAUUUGUUGAUUUCUUUAACAUUACGGCACAACGUGCAGCAUUAACGAUUACCGCCAACUGCUGUCAGAAUCUUCAUCCAGAUGAUUUUCAUUUAGUAGUGGAUAGUUUGCCGUUAUUAACGAGCAGAUUGACAAAUCAAGACAAGAAGAGCGUCGAGUGUGUAUGUCAAGCGUUCAGUCGAUUAGUUGACAGUUUUCAACAUGAUCCCGUGAUGCUACAUAAGAUCAUCAAUGCCGAACUCUUACAGAAUUUGCAACAGCUGCUUAUGAUUACGCCACCGGUUAACAGCACUAAUAAUUUCAUAACUGUAUUGCGAAUGCUCUCUGUGAUAUCAAAUCGCUGUCCCGAUCUGGCACAGUUGUUACUGCAGCAAAAUAUAGCUUUCACUUUAAGUUAUCUUUUAACUGGAUCUCUGGAAGUAAAAACAGAAGAUGUGGAGUUGGUACCGCACACACCACAGGAAUGGUUCGAAAUUACAUGUUUAAUUGAAGAACUCAUGCCCCCAUUGCCGACAGAUGGGAUAUUCAGUGUAAAUAGUUUACUCGAAAGGACCAGCAAUCAACAAGAGACUGUCCAGUGGGAAUGGCGCGACGAAAGACAGUGUUUCCAUCCAUUCAGUACUAUAGAUUCUAGAAUUAUUGAGAUGGCGUUUCAAAAUGGCGAGGACGAAAUAUGCCUUUCAUCCUUAGGACGAACUUAUACUAUAGAUCUGACUGUGAUGAAACAAAUUAACGAGGAUAUAGGAAUGGCGAGAAGUAUAUUUCGCAGAGUAAACGCCAAUCCCACUGAGGGAAAGAGUCCUACUUGCUCAUCUAGUAUGGAUGUCGUGCCUCCGGUAAUCGAAACAAACGAAUGGCUAGUGUCUUUUAUUCGAACUUUAUUCUCUGUACUAUAUGAGGUUUAUAGUAGUUCAGCUGGGCCUGCUGUGAAAUGCAAAUGUCUUCGAGCCCUCCUUCGUAUGGUGUAUUAUGCUUCAACUGAUUUACUUAAGGAUGUUCUAAAGAAUCAAGUGGUUUCGUCGCACAUAGCUGGUAUGUUAGCGUCGCAAGAUUUACGUAUAGUCAUUGGGGCUCUCCAAAUGGCGAGCAUCUUAAUGAAGAGGUUGCCGCAAGUGUUUGGAGUUCAUUUUCAUCGUGAGGGAGUGCUGCAUCAAGUUCGUCAAUUAGCAGAUCCCGAAGUACCUCUCGGUGUUUCACCACCCAAGUGCCCUUCUGGUACAUCAUUACCAAGCCCACAGCCAGGUCCGUCUAAUACACCACUUUCUUCCACCGCAAUGUUGUCUUCUAGUAGUGCCACGUCUCCGGUUGUCUCUCCAUCAUCGAACGGCAACAUAUUGUUCGGCACUAUCGCGUCGUCAUGCCAGUAUAAACCAAAUAUCAGCGCUUCGUUGGAACCACAUAGAACGGAGUUAAGCGGUAGCGUAGAAGAACCAAGUACACCACAAAGUGCUCACCUAAGAAUCGGUGACGUGCUGAAGAGGAAACGGCAAAACAAAAAGGGUCGUUUCUCAAGACUGGGAGGUACUACUACACCACAACAAGCACAGCAGCCGGAAUCUCUGUUUACCGGGUUUACACCGAAGAAUAACCGAUUUCUGGGGAACCUCAAUCCGGCUAGAUGGGGUCGGAAAUCGUCCUCGUCCAGCACCAGCAGUGAUAAGAGAGACUCAAGCUCAUCUACGAAUCUGUCGAAGCCACCCAGCAAUCCGAGUUUAACCGGUGGUAACCGGGACAAGGCAAAGGCGUGGGUGCGCGAACAAGCGGCCCAAUUUCUAGCGAGAUAUCAGGAUGACGCCCCCUGCUCACAUCCAGCACUAACCGUUCUCGCUCGACUAACCGCUGCAAUACAGCGGCUACAAUCAAACGAACUGGACGAAAUGUUGUCAGCACUAACGGAAUUACGGGACAUAGUCCUCGAGAGCGACAUAUCGCCCUUUGAAAUGAAUUACAGUGGUCUUAUCAAGGCUCUGCUGAACUACCUCACUACUACAGAUGCACCCGGCAAUCGUUACGAUCGCCUCCGUAUGUUUUGGAAAUUGUUUGCAGAGUCCACUAUGCAACAGAACAACGACAUCAUGGAUCUUAAUCCUGGAGCAUUCGGAGCUCUAGUAGCGAAAUUGAACAGCUGCGUUGCACAGCUGGAACAAUUCCCGGUGAAGGUUCACGAUUUACCUGCAGGUUCUGGCGCUGGCCGUGGCGGUACCAGCGCCCUCAAGUUCUUCAACACGCAUCAACUUAAGUGUAAUCUUCAACGGCACCCAGACUGUAAUAACUUGAAACAAUGGAAGGGCGGCACUGUAAAAAUAGAUCCACUUGCACUAGUACAAGCAAUCGAACGUUACUUGAUGGUACGCGGAUAUGGCAGAAUACGAGACGCCGAUUCAAUGGUCAGCGAUGAUGACAACAGCGAAGAUGACAUUGACGAUACCUUGGCGGCAGUCGUGAUAAGUCAAGGAUCAGCGAAACACAAGCUUCAGUUUUUGAUUGGCGAUGUAGUUCUACCUUUUAACAUGACCGUCUAUCAAGCUGUCAGACAGUUUGGAUGUUCAGGAGUGGAUCAUUCGGAAGCGGAGGCCGAUAGCGAACCACCGCUUGGACACGAUGCUGUAUGGGUGCAAACUCAUACGAUAUAUUACAGACCUGUACCAGAAGAGGAUGCUGCCACUUCUCCAAAAUCAGGGUCGACCUCACAGGGUAGUAGUAGAAAAGGCAAGGGAAAAAGUACAAAGAUUAGUUCGAAAAGAAAAGAGGACAGUCUCUGGCUGGAAGGUACGAUUCCACCUCAACACUGUCCCCUUGCGCCAUACCUAUCUCCUACGUUACCGUCAUCGGUAACCAUUACGGACGCUUCUCUCGACGGGUUGUGCUUGUUGCGGCUCUUACAUGCUCUAAAUCGCCAUUGGGGCAUACUGUUUCCUCAUCUGAAGAGCAUGAGUUUAUUAUCAUCUCAAGACUUUAUCAAUAAUAAAAUCGCUGCGAAAGCUAGUAGACAGCUGCAAGAUCCACUGGUGAUCAUGACUGGAAAUUUACCAUCGUGGUUACAACAGAUCGCGACUGUCUGCCCGUUCCUCUUUCCAUUUGAAACGAGGCAACUGUUGUUAUACGCAACAUCGUUUGACCGAGAUAGAGCACUGCAACGUCUUUUGGACUCUGCGCCGGAACUCUCGGGUUCGGAUAGUCAGGAGCGUGUCACGCCACGUUUAGAACGACGAAAGAGAACUAUUUCAAGAACAGACAUUCUUAAGCAAGCUGAACAAGUAAUUCAAGACUUGGCCUCUAGCAAGGCUUUGCUUGAAGUGCAAUAUGUCAAUGAGGUCGGUACUGGCCUCGGCCCAACACUGGAAUUUUACGCUCUAGUCUCGAAGGAACUGCAACGCGCUGAUCUCGAUCUGUGGCACGGCAGUUCUAAUCCUACCGAAAAUGGAUACGUUAAUCCUGUACACGGGCUUUUCCCGACGCCAAUUCCAUGGAACACUAAAGUAUCUCAUUUAGCAAAAUUGAAAACCAAGUUCAAAUUCCUUGGGAAGUUCAUGGCGAAAGCAAUAUAUGACUCUAGAAUGUUGGACUUGCCAUUUAGUUUAACUUUCUACCGCUGGUUACUGGGAGAGGAACAUACGCUUACGUUAGCGGACUUGGCGUACGUGUGCCCCGACGUGCACCGCACUCUCAGCAAGUUGCAGGAAGUUGUCAGACGGAAGGAAGCUAUGGAGAAAGAUCAGACGUUGCGGCCGCACGAGAAAGCACAAUUAAUCGAAUCGCUUGAUUUGGACAGUUGUCCGAUCUCCGAUCUCGGUCUCGUAUUCGAAUUGCCGGGUUACGAGAACAUUGAGUUGAGAAAAGGCGGCAGUGAGAUAUCCGUUACUAUUCAUAAUCUCGAUCAAUAUAUUAAGUUAGUCGUAUACUGGUUCUUGUACGAGGGAGUGUUCAGACAAAUGGAGGCUUUUCGGGAAGGUUUCGAGUCGGUAUUCCCUCCCUCGCAAUUGAGACUAUUCUUCCCGGAGGAGCUGGAGGCGGUAUUCUGCGGACACGCACAAACCGGCGGACAAUGGGACGUGAAAACUCUCGCCGAAUGUUGCAGGACCGAUCAUGGCUACACACCCGACUCGCGCGCCAUUCGUUUCUUAUUUGAAGUCAUGUCGAAGUAUAACAGCGAGGAACAGCGACAAUUCAUUCAGUUCGUUACCGGCUCACCGCGCUUACCCGUUGGAGGUUUCAAGAGCUUAACGCCUCCGUUAACAAUAGUGCGCAAGACCUUCGAUCCAUCUAUGAAAACGGAUGAUUUUCUACCAUCAGUAAUGACUUGCGUCAACUACCUAAAACUGCCUGAUUAUACCACUUUGGAGAUAAUGCGGGAAAAGCUGCGGAUAGCUGCACAAGAGGGUCAACACUCUUUCCAUCUCUCCUAGAAACGGAUGGAAAAUCGGGACGUCAUUUUCUCCUUUGCUCUUAUACUACCCGGGCCAACAACAGUUAUCUUUGAAUUUCAUUUAAUGUCUUACGUGGAACUAUGCACUUUCGGGCGAGCAAAUCAAUAAGAAUGGUUUUACUCUUUAUACGAAUUCUUUUGAAAAUGUCCUUUUCUUUAUUUUUCACGAAAAAUUCUUCGGAGCUUUUUUUUUGUGUGUUUAUACCUUCACUUAUCGAUUUGUAUUGUGAUAUACUUUGACCAGAAAGAAAAGUGCAAAACUGCAUAUUAAUCGAACACUGCGUGAGUUUACUCUCUCGCGCGGUAACAUGAAUCGCGUGGCUUGCGAGCACCUGCUCGUUUUAGGGAAAAGAAACUUAUCUUCAGUGUUAUAAUAAAAAAAUAUUGUAAAUAUAGUUUAAUAUACGCAAGUCGAUAUAAAUACUUUAUAUAAUAGUAACGAAAAAUGAUAUUGCUAUAAAACGCUAUACUAACUAUAUAUAAUACAGCCAGAGAGAGAGAGAGAGAGAGAGAGAGAGAGAGAGAGAGAGAGAUUGAGAGAAAGAACGAGAGAGAGAGAGAGAACAUUUGCUCUAGACUUAAGUAAAUUUUAUAUCAGUGGUGCAUUUAAAAGCAUCGCCAUAUAUCGCCAAUCCAUAUUGUGUCUCACGACGCGGAGAAACAAAAACCCACGAGCUAAAAUCAGUAAAGAAACAUACGCGCGCGCGCGCGCAAGCAACAAAGUAUGCAAACGCGUGUUUUAUCGUCAGGAAUAAUGCUAAACAAAAAAAAUUCCAGACACAAUAUCGUGUCUCUCGCUGCUAUCGAUCUCCUCGUGUUCGCCGCUUAAGUUCCAAACGACCGAGAGCAAUGCGCGAACCAUUUUGCGCGACACACUCCUACAUUUAAGUUUAACUGAUGUAUAACAUCCAUUUAGUGCUGUCUGAUAUUUUCAUUUUUUAGAGAAAUUAGUUCGAUUGUUAAUUUUAUUUAGAGUGUAAGAGUGUAGCCAGAGAAUCGCCAGAGUUGCCGUUUCAUGACAUGCGUGAAAAACGAAAGAGGGAAAUUGCUAUAUAUCCGUUUAUUUGCAGACAAAAUCAUCAUAUUUAUCAAAAACAAAGACAAGGAAAAAUGAAAAAGGAAUAUGUAAGAGAAUUGUAUGAUAUGAAAUAGAAUGGAUAUAAAGUGAAAAGCCUGGUGUGUAUCAAAUGCGGUAAUAUAAAAUACGUUACUUUCUUAUGGCGUUCUAGAAGAACGUGGAGCUACGUAAAACUGCGCGAGGGAAAGGAAAGGGAGGAGGGAGGAGAGUGAAUGAUGAGCGAAUGGAUGAGUAAAUGAAGCAAGUACCAGUUCUAGUUUCGAAACUGUUUUAAUUUGUGUUGUCAACUUUUAUGUAUAAUGCACAUGAUCCCGUGCACAGAAAACUGGACGUUCUUUGAUUUCGUUUUGUAUCCAAGGCAAUCAAAUCACUUGGGAGUCACGCAUUAAUUACGAUCAAUGAAAAAAACAAAGUAUGUAAAAAAUUUAUGUUAUCUCUUACUGAAACGUAAUAUCCAAAUUUUACGAAGUACACUACAGGUUUUCUAAGCAUAUAUGGACAAUAUUUGCAUAAUUAUUUUUUAUCAUACACUUCACUUCGUGUAGCGAUGAAGCUUGGACGAGAUAAUAUAUUCUGCAAGGAACUGAGAUUUUACUGACGGAAGAAGUAUGCAUAAUAAUAAAGUAUGUAACAAUUCAAAAUAC